AUGGCAAGAAAUAAGUUGAAAAAACUGAAUAACUUUGAGCUUAUGCUCAUUUUUCUUGUAUUUCUAUUGUUUGUCAUCACAAUUCCUCUAAUUGUGCUUUCAGUCAGAGAAACUUCUCAAUCAAUAGGUACAGUCCCAGAUGUUACUGAGUGUGCAGCGAUAAAUAAAGAGGAUAGAAUAAGCUGCAUCCUUGACCAGACACCCACAGAGGCUGUCUGUAUUCAGCGUGGUUGCUGCUGGAACCCAGAAGGACACAUAAAAGUUCCUUGGUGCUACUAUUCUAAGAAUCAUGGCUAUCAGAUGGAAGGCCCUGUGAGAAAAACCGAUACAGGUUUCACUGCACACUUGCGGAGUUUAUCUACUCCAUCCAUGUUUGGAAACAGUGUGAGCAACAUUCUCCUCACAGCAGAAUAUCAGACAGCACGCCGCUUCCACUUCAAGCUAACAGAUGCAGACAAGAAAAGAUUUGAAGUACCUCAUGAACAUGUGAAACCCUUCAAAGAAAAUGCUGCCUCUAACUUGCUCUAUGAUGUGACGGUCUCCCAGCAGCCCUUUGGCAUCCAAGUGAUCAGAAAGAACAAUCAACAUGUUCUUGUGAAUUCAAGCAUUGGGCCACUCUUCUUUGCUGAUCAGUUCUUACAGUUCUCUAUGCGACUGCCAAGUGCCAAUUUGUAUGGUCUGGGAGAACAUGUGCACCGACAGUACCGACAUGAUAUGAAUUGGAAGACCUGGACUCUCUUUGCCAGAGACACAACUCCCAAUGGGGAUGAAACUAACCUGUAUGGUGUACAGACAUUCUUCUUGUGCCUAGAAGAUGCAAGUGGAUUGUCCUUUGGAGUGUUUCUGAUGAACAGCAAUGCCAUGGAUGUUACCCUCCAGCCUGCGCCAGCCAUCACUUACAGAACCAUUGGAGGAAUUUUUGACUUCUAUGUGUUCCUGGGGGACACUCCAGAGCAAGUUGUUCAAGAGUAUCUAGAGUUCAUUGGACGGCCAGCCCUUCCUCCUUACUGGUCUCUUGGAUUUCAUCUCAGCCGUUAUGAUUAUGAAACCCUAGAUAACAUGACAGAAGUUGUGAACAGAAAUCGGGCAGCCCAGAUUCCUUAUGAUGUGCAACAUGCUGAUAUUGAUUAUAUGGACCAAAGGAAGGACUUUACUUAUAAUCCAGUACAAUAUAAAGACUUUCCUAAUUUUGCUAAGAAGUUACACAGUAACGGACAAAAGUUGAUCAUUAUUGUGGAUCCAGCCAUCUCUAACAACUCUUCUCAAAGUAAUCCCUAUGGUCCAUAUGACAGAGGCUCAGAGAUGAAGAUAUGGGUGGAAGCUUCUGAUGGAUCUCCACUUAUUGGGGAGGUCUGGCCUGGAAAAACUGUGUUUCCUGAUUAUACUAAUCCUCAGUGUGCUGUUUGGUGGACAAAUGAAUUUGUGCGUUUCCAUAAAGAAGUGGAGUUUGAUGGAAUCUGGAUCGAUAUGAAUGAAGUUGCCAGCUUUGUGGAUGGUUCAGUUACAGGAUGUUCCAAAAGCAAUCUAAAUUACCCCCCAUUUACACCCAGAGUCCUGGAUGGCUUCUUGUUCAGCAAAACUCUCUGUAUGGAUGCAGUGCAACACUGGGGCAAGCAGUAUGAUGUCCACAACCUUUAUGGCUACUCCAUGGCAAUCGCCACAGUAGAAGCUGCCAAGCAUGUAUUCCCUAAUAAGAGGGGCUUUGUGCUAACCCGCUCGACCUUUGCGGGAUCUGGUAAAUUUGCAGGCCACUGGUUAGGAGACAAUGCAGCUACCUGGGAUGACCUCCGGUGGUCCAUAGCUGGCAUGCUUGAAUUCAACCUUUUUGGUAUCCCAAUGGUAGGAGCUGACAUAUGUGGCUUUGCAAUGGAUACCACUGAAGAACUUUGUAGGCGCUGGAUGCAGCUGGGAGCCUUUUAUCCAUUUUCCAGGAAUCACAAUGGCCAAGGUUUCAAGGACCAGGAUCCUGCCUAUUUUGGACCUACCUCUCUGCUGGUGAAUUCCUCCAGGCAUUACCUGAACAUUCGCUAUACCCUACUGCCCUACCUCUACACUCUCUUCUAUCAUGCACAUACCCGGGGAGACACAGUGGCGAGGCCCCUUGUACAUGAAUUCUAUAAUGACAACAAUACUUGGGAUAUACACCAGCAGUUCUUAUGGGGUCCUGGUCUCCUCAUCACACCUGUGCUACAAGAGGGUGCAGAGUCUGUGGAGGCAUAUAUACCUGAUGCUAUCUGGUAUGAUUAUGAGAGUGGAGCCCAAUUGAACUGGAGGAAAGAAAAAAUAAAUUUGGUGCUUCCUGGAGACAAAAUAGGACUUCACCUCCGAGGAGGCAACAUCUUCCCCAUCCAACAGCCAGCUACAACCACAGUGGCCAGUCGGCGGAACCCCCUUGGUCUUAUCAUUGCCCUGGAUGAGAAGAAAGAAGCUAAAGGCGAACUGUUCUGGGAUGAUGGGGAAUCGAGAGAUACUGUGGCCAGUAAACAAUAUAUCUUUUAUGAGUUUUCUGUCACCCAAAAUCGCUUGGAGAUGAAGGUUUUGUCAUCAACCUACAAAGACCCCAAUAACUUAGCAUUUAAAGAUAUUAAAAUUCUUGGGAUACCACAGAUUAACAACAUCACAGUGAAACACAAUGGUGCUCCAAUUCAAAUGUCUCAUCAAGUCACUUAUGAUCAUAAACUACAGAUGGCCAGCAUCACUAACCUUGUCCUUAACCUGGGAGAAGCAUACACCUUGGAGUGGGAAUAUUCAAAGAGGGAUGAAGAUAAAAUAGAUUGUUAUCCUGAUCAGGAUGGUGUUACUGAAGAGAAAUGCAUUGCCCGUGGUUGUACCUGGGAGGAAUCCAAGACUGAGAGAGUCCCUUAUUGCUUUUUUUCUGACAAUCUGUACACUGUCCAUGAUAUUCAGUAUGAGCCACAUGGUGCUACAGCUCUUCUUUCCUUAAGGUCUCGGGCUCAGGCCAGUGCUUUCCCCUCCACACCUGUGAGUAGCCUCCGUCUGAGUGUCAUCUACCAUAAGAAUGACAUGCUGCAGUUCAAGAUUUAUGAUCCCAACAAUAAACGCUAUGAAGUCCCAGUCCCUCUCAAUUUGCCAAAUGCUCCAUCCAGCACACCUGAUGGUAGACUUUAUGUAGUUCGCAUAGAAGAAAAUCCAUUUGGGAUUCUAAUUAUUCGGAAAAAUACAGGGACUGUCAUAUGGGACUCCCAUGUCCUUGGCUUCACUUUCAAUGACAUGUUCAUUCGAAUUUCCACUCGCCUUCCCUCCACCUAUCUCUAUGGUUUUGGGGAAAAUGAGCACACAGCUUUCCGGAGAGAUUUGAACUGGCGCACUUGGGGGAUGUUUUCUCGAGAUGAACCCCCUGGGUAUCUAAAGAAUUCUUAUGGUGUCCAACCCUACUACAUGGCCCUGGAGGAGGAUGGUAAUGCCCACGGGGUGCUCCUGCUAAACAGCAAUGCCAUGGAUGUAACAUUCCAGCCCAUGCCUGCUGUAACAUAUCGCACCAUAGGGGGAAUUCUGGACUUUUAUGUAAUCUUGGGACCCACUCCAGAACUUGUCACUCAGCAGUACACUGAGCUGAUUGGUCGACCAGUGAUGGUUCCUUACUGGUCUCUGGGGUUUCAGCUGUGUCGCUAUGGAUACAAGAAUGAUACUGAGAUUGCCACAUUGUAUGCUGAUAUGGUGGCCGCCAAGAUCCCCUAUGAUGUGCAAUACUCUGAUAUUGACUACAUGGAGCGACAAUUGGACUUCACCCUGAGCUCCAAUUUUAGUGGAUUUCCAGAUUUGAUCAACCGCAUAAAGAACGAAGGGAUGCGAAUCAUCCUCAUUCUGGAUCCAGCCAUUUCUGGUAAUGAGACUCAAUAUUAUCCUGCAUUUAAUAGGGGGGAAGAAGAUGAUGUCUUCAUCAAAGAUCCAAGUGAUGGAAGCAUCGUUUGGGGAAAGGUCUGGCCUGAUUUGCCUGGUGUUGUUAUAAACAGUUCUCUAGAUUGGGACACUCAAGUGAAGCUAUAUAGAGCUCAUGCAGCUUUCCCAGAUUUUUUCCGAAAUUCAACCAUAAACUGGUGGAAGAGGGAGUUAAAAGAACUACAUGAAAAUCCGCGGGACCCCAAAAAAAGCCUGAAGUAUGAUGGCAUAUGGAUUGACAUGAAUGAACCCUCGAGCUUUGUGAAUGGGGCAGUUGAAGGCUGCAAAACCUCCACUCUGAACAAGCCUCCCUAUAUGCCACAUCUGGAGAGCAGGGACAGGGGUCUGAGCAGCAAGACCUUGUGUAUGGAGAGUGAGCAGAUCCUGGCAGAUGGCACCAAAGUGCGACACUACGAUGUGCACAACCUGUAUGGAUGGUCCCAGACCAGACCUACGUAUGAAGCUGUGCAGGAAGUGACUGGAGAACGAGGAAUUGUAGUCACCCGCUCCACAUAUCCUUCUUCUGGUCGCUGGGGAGGACACUGGCUGGGAGACAACACAUCUGGAUGGGACCAACUGAAGAAAUCUAUCAUUGGUAUGAUGGAGUUUAGCCUCUUUGGCAUAUCCUAUACAGGUGCAGAUAUUUGUGGGUUCUUUCAAGAUGCUCAAUAUGAGAUGUGUGCUCGCUGGAUGCAACUGGGUGCCUUUUACCCCUUCUCAAGAAACCACAAUACCAUCGGGACCAGGAGACAAGAUCCUGUAUCUUGGGAUACAAAAUUUGAGAACCUCUCCAGAAGUGUCCUGAAUACUAGAUACACCCUGUUGCCAUAUCUCUAUACCCUGAUGCACCAGGCCAAUACAAAGGGCAGCACUGUUGUGCGGCCUCUACUCCAUGAGUUUGUGUCAGAUCGGACAACCUGGGAUAUAGACAGUCAGUUCCUGCUGGGCCCUGCCUUCCUGGUCAGCCCUGUCCUAGAACCUGAUGCCACAAGUGUCACAGCAUACUUCCCUGAUGCCCGGUGGUAUGAUUAUUACACGGGUAUAGACAUUAAAGCAAGGGGAGAAAAGAAGACUUUGUCAGCCCCUCUUGAGUAUAUUAAUCUUCAUGUCCGUGGGGGUUACAUCCUACCUUGGCAAGUGCCUGCACAGAACACCUUCUUCAGUCGGAAAAAUUCCUUGGGACUCAUUAUUGCCUUGGAUAAGAGAGAAGCAAAGGGGGAGAUGUACUGGGAUGAUGGUGUAUCUAAAGAUGCUGUAACCAAAAAGCUUUAUAUUCUGUAUGAGUUUUCUGUCACUUCUAACCAUUUAAAAGCAAAUACUAUACAUAAUAAUUAUACAAGUAGUUCCAACCUCAUGUUUACAGACAUCAAAAUCUUGGGAAUGGACAAGAAACCUGAUAAUUUUACCAUCUUGUAUAACAACAAAUCCACCUCCAUCUCAACUUUUAUCUACAAUGCUUCAGCAAAGGUGGUGGAUAUUCAGAAUAUCACAGGACUGGAUCUGGGAACAAAUUUUUCCAUUGAGUGGAAGUUUACAGUUAAUGACCUGGAGAAGUUUAACUGCUUCCCUGAAGACCCCAAUGUCCUCCCAGGACAGUUGCAAAGAAUCGGGGGUGCCUUUGGGAGGAGACAAAUGUCCCUGGCAUGCCUAUAUGCUACUAUAACAAACUUCCUCCUCCCCCUUAGAAGGGACAUCUGUGAGACAAAAGUCCCUGGAGUGCCCAUAUGCUACUAUGACACCAUCCCUAAUUAUGCAGCCAGUAACAUUCAGUAUCUGUCUACGGGCAUCACAAUGCAACUUACUUACCUUCCCCCUGAAUCAAUACCAAGACUAUCACCAUCCCCACCAUCAUCACAGGGUGUGCCGCCUCCACCUGCAGCUGCAGUAUCUGGUCCUCUCUCUGCAGAGGUCAGCGUCCUCAAUGUGAAGAUCUAUGAUGCCAACCGUAAAAGGUAUGAGGUUCCAGUGACACUGAAUACCCCUCCUUCCCCAGUGGGCUCUCCUGAAAACUGUCUAUAUGAUGUUCAGAUUCAGAACAAUCCAUUUGGAAUUCAGAUUCGGCGAAAAAGCUCCAACACUGUGAUUUGGGACUCUCAGCUACCUGGCUUCACCUUCAAUGAUAUGUUCCUUUCCAUUUCCACUCGCCUCCCCUCUCAGUACAUCUAUGGUUUUGGGGAAACCGAUCACACAUCUUUCAGAAGAAACAUGACCUGGAGCACAUGGGGAAUGUUUGCUCUUGAUGAACCGCCAGAGUACAGGACAAAUUCCUAUGGCACACACCCCUACUAUAUGGCUCUGGAAGAGGAUGGCAGUGCUCACGGAGUGCUCCUGCUUAACAGCAAUGCCAUGGAUGUUACAUUACAGCCUACUCCUGCCCUGACAUUCAGAACCACAGGAGGAAUUUUGGACUUUUUUAUGGUUUUGGGGCCAACUCCUGAGCUUGUAACUCAGCAAUAUACUGAGUUGAUUGGUCAUCCAGCAAUGGUACCAUACUGGGCCCUGGGAUUCCAGCUGGGUCGCCAUGGUUACCAGAGUGAUUUGGAAAUCUUCAAUUUAUACAAUGAAAUGAUCAAAUCCCAGAUUCCCUAUGAUGUCCAACAUAUAGACAUCGAUUACAUGAACCGGAAGUUGGACUUUACCCUCAGUCCCAACUUUCAAAACCUUAGCCUUGUGAUUGAGCAAAUGAAGAAAGAUGGUAUGAGAUUUGUUCUCAUUCUGAACCCUGCCAUAUCUGGCAAUGAGACCGAGUAUCUCACUUUCACCAGAGGAAAGGAAAACAAUGUAUUUAUCAAAUGGUCUGACAACAGUGAUAUUAUCUGGGGAAAGGCUUUGCCAGAACUGCCCAAUGUAAAAGUGAACGAGUCCCUAGACCAUGAAACUCAGGUUAAGCUGUACAAAGCCCAUGUUGCUUUUCCGGACUUCUUGCGUAAUAGCACAGUUGCAUGGUGGAAGAAAGAAAUACGUGAACUCUACACAAAUCCUCGAGAACCAAAGAAGAGCUUGAAGUUUGAUGGGUUAUGGAUUGAUAUGAAUGAGCCAUCGAACUUUGUGAAUGGUUCUGUCAGCGGUUGCAAGAAUGAAACUCUUAACAAGCCACCCUAUAUGCCAUAUGUAGCAUUCAGGAACAGAGGUCUAAGCAGCAAAACCCUAUGCAUGGAGAGUCAGCAAAUGCUGCCAGAUGGCUCCUUGGUUUCACACUAUGACGUGCACAGCCUGUAUGGUUGGUCUCAGACCAGGCCAACAUACGAAGCUGUGCAGGAGGUGACAGGACAGCGAGGGGUUGUCAUCACUGGCUCCACAUUUCCUUCUUCUGGCCGCUGGGGAGGACACUUGUUGGGUAACAACAUAUCCAAAUGGGACCAACUGAAAAAAUCUAUCAUUGGCAUGAUGCAGUUCAGCCUCUUUGGAAUACCUUAUACAGGAGCAAAUAUUUGUGGAUUCUUAGGAGAUGCUGAAUAUGAGAUGUGUAUUCGCUGGAUGCAACUAGGAGCCUUUUAUCCCCUUUCCAGGAACCAUAACACCAUUAGGACAUGGAGACAAGAUCCUGUGUUCUGGAACUCCACCUUUAACAAUUAUUCCAGAGAAGUUCUCCAGAUAAGAUACAGUCUGCUGCCUUACUUCUAUACACUGAUGCACAAUGCUCAUGUCAAGGGCAGCACUGUUAUACGGCCUCUUCUGAAUGAGUUCACAGAUGACAAUAACACGUGGGUUGUAGAUGAUCAGUUCAUGUUGGGUCCAGCCAUCUUGAUCAGUCCUGUGCUGCAAAAUGACACUUUUGAGAUACAAGCUUAUUUCCCCAGAUCCCGCUGGUUUGACUAUUAUACGGGGACUAUUAUUGAAUCUGCUGGUGAGAGGAUACUCUUAACCACUACUCUUGAUAUUAUAAGCCUUCAUAUAAGAGCUGGCUACAUUCUGCCUUGGCAAGAGCCUGCAAUGAACACUCAUUUAAGCCGACAACAAUUUAUGGGAUUGACUAUCGCUUUGGAUGAAAAGGGGAAAGCUGAAGGUGAAUUGUUCUGGGAUGAUGGACAAAGCAUUAAUGCUUAUGAAAAUGGAAAGUAUUUCUUGGCAAAAUUCAAAACAGAAUCGAAUAAACUACAAAUCUUGACCAUUCACAAUAAUUAUUUAAGUGAUUUGAAUCCACUGAAAUUUGGACAUAUUAAAAUCUGGGGUGUACAGCCUACUUUAGUGACACAGGUUACUUUUACCUAUAAAAAUCAACAACUUAUAGAGACAAAUUUCCAAAGUGAUCCUAACAAAAAGGAACUAGUAAUUCAAUUAACUGAUAAGAAUAUCAGUCUGGAAAAGUUAACUGAAGUUGCAUGGUUUCAUGGUGGUGGCCCUCCAGUCUUUACUACAUCUAUGACAAGUACCAUCUCGACAAGCUCUCUCUAUUUCACUCCAUCUACUACUGAAGAUUACACAUUUGAGACAAUACUCACUAGUUUUGCUAGUCAAACUACAAGCACUGUCAGCACUGGAACUCCAUCUACCACAACCAGGGUUUCCCCAGCAAGUACUACUGAAGCUAAAUCUACUCCAACUGCUAGUAACAUAACAACUACUGAUACUGUAGUUACUUUAACCCCAACAGCAAUUACUGAUAAAACUAAUGUUACUAUUUCUGUCACAAAUACCACUGUGUCUACAACUAGUGCAAUUCCUACUAGUAUAAUUAAUACUGUCACUACAAUUAAUACAACUACUAAUACUACUAUAGCUAUUGAAGACACAAAUACUUUCUCCUCAACAAUGAUUACUGGUAGUACUAGUGCUACAACCCCUAUCAUGAUUACCCCUUUCCCAUCAGGUUCUACUGUAGCUGUAGUUAGUACAACAAUGAAUGACACUACUACAAACACUACUAUACGUUCCACUACAGACACCAUUGCUAGCACUACUGUUCCUAAUACCACUGUAGCUAUUACAUAUCCUACCCCUACAGACAUUAUUGCUAGCACUAAUACUACUCUUCCUAAGACAACCAUUUCUUUUACAAGUAACACUACUAAUUCUACCCUUACAGACACUAUUGCUAGCACUAAUACGACUCUUCCUAUGACAACCACUUCUUUUACAAGUGCCACUACUACCCAUACCCCUAAUAACACUAUUACUAGCACUAAUACUACUCUUCCUAUGACAACCACUGCUUUUACAACAAGUGCCACUACUACCCAUACCUCUAAUGACACUAUUACUAGCACUAAUACUACUCUUCCUAUGACAACCAUUUCUUUUACAAAUGCCACUACUACCCAUACCCCUAAUGGCACUAUUACUAGCACUAAUACUACUCUUCCUAUGACAACCACUUCUUUUACAAAUGCCACUACUACCCAUACCCCUAAUGGCACUAUUACUAGCACUAAUACUACUCUUCCUAUGACAACCACUUCUUUUACAAAUGCCACUACUACCCAUACCCCUAAUGGCACUAUUACUAGCACUAAUACUACUCUUCCUAUGACAACCACUUCUUUUACAAAUGCCACUACUACCCAUACCCCUAAUGGCACUAUUACUAGCACUAAUACUACUCUUCCUAUGACAACCAUUUCUUUUACAAAUGCCACUACUACCCAUACCCCUAAUGGCACUAUUACUAGCACUAAUACUACUUUUCCUAUGACAACCAUUUCUUUUACAAAUGCCACUACUACCCAUACCCCUAAUGGCACUAUUACUAGCACUAAUACUACUCUUCCUAUGACAACCACUUCUUUUACAAAUGCCACUACUACCCAUACCCCUAAUGGCACUAUUACUAGCACUAAUACUACUCUUCCUAUGACAACCAUUUCUUUUACAAAUGCCACUACUACCCAUACCCCUAAUGGCACUAUUACUAGCACUAAUACUACUUUUCCUAUGACAACCACUUCUUUUACAAAUGCCACUACUACCCGUACCCCUAAUGACAUUAUUACUGGCACUAAUACUACUCUUCCUAUGACAACCACUACUUUUACAAGUGCCACUACGACCCAUACCCCUGAAGACACUAUUACUAGCACUAAUACUACUCUUCCUAUGAUAACCACUUCUUUUGCAACAAAUACUACUGAAGAUACAACUAAAACUAAUGUUACUUAA